GAACAAUCUUAACUUCUAUUUUGUGCUGACGUUUCAUUAAGACUUUAGACAUUAGUAUUCACUUUAUACUUGUACUCAUCCAGCGGUCUCUCUCUCUCUCCAGGUUUCCCUGAUUCUCCAGGGAGUGUUGAGCGAUGGAAGGGCUGCAGUGCGAUGGCUGUGAUUUUCGUGCAGAGUCGUAUGAGGAGCUGAAGGCUCACAUCCGGGACAUCCACACUGCCUUCCUGCAGCCCGCAGAGGUGCAAGACGGAGACGGAGACGAGACCCCGAAACGCUCCAGAUCCACAUCACUGAGCCAAACUGAGGAUGAGGAGGACUCCACCAACCAGGAGAGAGACCCACUGAAGGAGGAAACAGGUGUCUCCUCCUUUAACAAAGACUUUGGGCACUUCUCCGGUUCAAAGCAAGCCAAACACAACCCGUCAGCAAAACCUUCAAACAAAACCACAGCUCCGUUUUUUCAGUGCAAGUUCUGCGUGCGCUACUUCAGAUCCAGCUCUCUUCUUAGUGAGCACACCAGGAAGGUUCAUGGUGAAGCAGGCGAUGAAAGAUCCCUCAAAACUCCCAAGCAGGCCAGCUCUUCAAUGCACAAUGCAGUAGGAACAGUCUUUUCCUGCCAAUAUUGCACGUAUAAAUCCCCACACAGAGCACGGAUUCUGAAACACCAGAAGGUGCAUCAUAAAGAAGCUCCUACAGGCCUCUCAGCUCCCCCUGCUGACGCGGAGGUUCUGGAUUUGGACUCUGAUGUCUCCUCAAUUGAGGAACUAAGUGAAGAUUCACCAGGGGAUGUAGAACGGCAUGUACUGGAGUCUAUGAUUAAACCCCAAUCAAAAGGAGGCUUUAACUGUGAAUGGUGUGGCUUUCAGACUUCACAAAGGCAGCAGCUAGCUGAUCACAUGAUGAAGAAACACCGUAACAUGGUGAAGAUCAUGGUGUCUUUGCAGCAACCUAAAGUGCAAGAUGGAAGUGCAGGAUCCAGCAAAUCAGACUCCGCUUCGUCCAGGAGAAGCACUCCAACCUCCAAUUUAAACCUGAAUGAUAUAGCGGGCAAUGAAAGUUCUUCAGCAAAUGCCUCUUCAGUUAAAGGAUCUGGCAACGCAUCACUUAAGGCCAGUUCAGGGAUAUCAAGUUUUCAGUACUCACAGCUCACAUCAAAAAUACCUAACAGCACAGGAUCUUCCAUACUGUCAGAGAGAUCGACUUUCGCCAUGUCAGACAUAUCCAGGUCUGGCAUGGAUCUCGAUGCCAGUGUGCUGAAUGAUUCCAGAAGCAGUUCAGAUGAUGAACUCUGUGACAUGGAUGACGCUAAUAACACAGAGUCGGCUAAGGAUUCAGCUAAGCUGCUUCUGUCUGAGGAGGAUAAUGACUUGCUUGAAACAAAAGGAGUUCCAUUCAGAAGACACAUGAACCGGUUCCAGUGCCCUUUCUGCUCCUUUUUGACCAUGCACCGGCGUAGUAUUUCCCGUCACAUAGAAAACAUACAUCUAUCUGGCAAAGCCACGGUGUAUAAAUGCGAUUCAUGCCCCUUUCUUUGCACCAACCCACUGAAACUUGACGCGCACAAGCAAUGUCACAGUGGGUCUUCCGAAUGGGACACCAUGGACCUGACUAGUGGAAGUCCUGAAGGUCAAGCCGAAUGCUCCGAGCCGGUGAAUGGAGGAAACGGCAGCUCCAAAAUCAAUGGGAAAAAGUCCAGUGGAGGGGAGGAGCAACAGGGUCCUCACCGGUGCUCACUGUGCAACUUCUCCACCAUCACACUCAAAGGUCUACGUGUCCACCAGCAACACAAACACUCAUACUGUGAUGGAACACAAGUCCCUGGCCAAGAGGGUUUAUCCACUGAGCAGCAAGAUUCUGAAUCCGAGUCUUGUGGUUCCUCAAGCUUUGUACAAAAAACUCAAACCUCAAUUCUUGGAUUUUCAACCAAGAAGCACCUUAUUGGGAAGACUGCAAGAAAGUCCAUAAACGAUUUGCCCUUAGAUCUCUCUCCCGUCAAAAAACGGACAAGGAUUGAUGAAAUUGCAAAUAAUCUCCAGAGCAAGAUUAGUCAAAGCCAGCAGCAUGAGGAUGUGAUCAACCUCGAGGAGAUGGAUGAUGAUGUUGAGGAGAAUGGCAAUCACAUUGAUGCAGAAGCAAGCAAAGACAGAGAUUCGUCUAAUGCUCGAAGCCAGCACUACAUGUUCAACACUCAGCACCUUCAUGGUAGGAAUUCUGGAGGUCUUCCAACAGAACGUGGUGUUGGGAAAAGAAAGCGAAGCCUGCAGUCUAAACUCAGCUCAAGAAACCUUCCAGUUCAAUUAACCAUUUCUGAUGAUGAAGACAGUUACAGUGGCUCCUUGGAGUCUAAACAUGCUCAAGAUCAAAGCAGUCAAGAUGGCAGAGAAAUGCACCAGGAGAAUGUUGAAUACACUGCGGAACCUGGGAACCUGUUCUACUGCAAACACUGCGAGUACCAAAACAAGUCUGCUCGCAGCGUCAGCACACACUACCAGAGGAUGCACCCGUACAUCAAGUUUAGCUUCAGAUACAUCCUGGACCCAGAGGAUCAGAGCGCAGUCUUCCGUUGUCUCGAGUGCUUCAUUGAAUAUAACAACUUUAAUGAUCUGCACCAGCACUAUAUGACCCAUCAUCCAGAAGCAAGCAACGUCUUAAACUUUAACCAGCCAGAUCUUGUGUAUAUGUGUCGUUUUUGUUCCUACACAAGUCCAAAUGUGCGUAGCCUGAUGCCCCAUUAUCAAAGGAUGCACCCUUCGGUGAAGAUCAACAAUGCUAUGAUCUUCUCAAGCUAUAUGGUCGAUCAGCCUCAUAAGGGUGCGACUGAGUCGCAAACACUGAGAGAAAUCUUGAAUUCUGGCCCAAAGAGUUUUAGCUCCACCUCAUCUGGGUCCAGAUCGUCAUCCAGCCCUGCUCUCAAAAGCAUUUCCAAAACGCCAGAAGCAAAUGCAGAGGUUGAAACACUUCGAGAAAGCCUGGGGGGCAAUGUGGUGGUGUAUGACUGUGAUGUCUGUUCGUUCUCAAGUCCCAACAUGCACUCAGUACUGGUCCAUUAUCAAAAGAAGCAUCCCGAGCAAAAGGCCUCAUACUUCCGCAUACAGAAGACCAUGCGGGUCAUUUCUGUCGAGCGAGCACAGAUGGCCAGCAAUUCAACCUACAGCCUGACCAGCACUCCUAAGUCUUCAAACCCCAUCCUGCCUGUGCCUCUGGAUGAGGAUGUUUACUACUGCAAACACUGUGUCUACAACAACCGCUCUGUCGUGGGCGUUCUGGUCCACUACCAAAAGAGACAUCCGGAGAUUAAAGUAACAGCAAAGUACAUAAAACAGGCACCUCCAACCCCUGGACUGCUGAAACUCAUGGAUGAGCUACAAAUCGCCCCGCCUAAACAAUUUCUGAAGCAGUUUAGCAACAACGGCAUUGAAGGGUCUGGUAAUUCCAACACUAAAGGAGCAUCCGACAAGGGGGAACCAGAAAUGCUGUUUUUCUGUCAGCACUGCGACUACGGGAACCGCACUGUGAAGGGGGUGUUGAUUCACUACCAGAAGAAACAUAGAGACGUGAAGGCCAAUGCAGACCUCGUUCGUAGACACACCGCUGUGGUCCAGAGUCAGAGAGAGCGAGCGCAGAUGAUCCAAUCGGGAAGUUCUACAUCCACUUCUACUGUAGCUACUGAAGCUGAAAAAUCCAGGUCGUUGCGAUCUUUGAAGUGUAGACACUGUCCAUACACUUCUCCUUAUGUGUAUGCCUUGAAGAAGCAUCUAAAGAAGGAUCAUCCUACUGUGAAGGCCACAGCUAUGACUAUCUUACACUGGGCUUAUCAGGACGGCGUGCUGGAGGCUGGUUAUCACUGUGAGUGGUGCAUCUAUUCCCACGCUGAACCAAGUGGGCUGCUCAUGCAUUACCAAAGACGCCACCCUGAGCACAAUGUGGACUACACGUACAUGGCCAGCAAGCUGUGGGCUGGUCCUGAUUCUUCCACAAGCAGGCAAGCUGGGAAUUCUGAAACAAAGCAUUAUCAGUGUAGAGAUUGCGCCUUUGAGGCAUGCUCCAUUUGGGACAUUACUAACCAUUAUCAAGCAGUGCACCCUUGGGCCAUCAAAGGUGACGAGUCUGUUCUCAUCGACAUUAUCAAAGGAAACAAAGCACCAGAUAAGCAGCUCCCACAACAAACCAAAGCACAUGCUUCGAUGUCCAGUCCGUUCAAUAGUCACCAUCAGGAAGAUGUUGCAGUUGAAAUGAAUCGGCCACCUCUAGAUCGGCAGCCAAAUCUAUCUCUGUCUGCCACCUCGUCGAUCUCAAACAACCCUUACCAGUGCACCGUCUGCUUGUCUGAGUACAAUAGUCUUCAUGGACUUCUGACCCACUACGGCAAGAAACACCCAGGCAUGAAAGUGAAAGCUGCUGACUUUGCUCAGGAAGCGGACAUCAACCCUAGCUCGGUUUACAAGUGCAGACAUUGUCCGUAUGUGAACUCCCGAAUACACGGGGUUCUCACACACUAUCAAAAACGCCAUCCAUCAAUUAAAGUCACCGCUGAAGACUUUGUUGAUGAUGUUGAGCAAGUAAACGAGGUGUCGAGUGAGAACGAAGAGCGAUCUAAAACCCAGAGGCAAGGCUACGGCGCAUACCGCUGCAAGAUGUGUCCUUACACACAUGGCACUUUAGAAAAACUCAAAAUACACUAUGAGAAAUACCAUAAUCAGCCUGCUGCACACAUGUUUAAAGCAAGUAACAUACAGUCGCCAACUGGAAGGGAUGAUUUAGUGGCCGAAUGCAGCACUAGCAGUCAACCCGAAGUUCCGGAGGUGUGUGACUAUAACGUACCAAUUUCCGAAGUCGCAAAAAGCGAUAAGCAUGCAGUGUUUAAAUGUCAGCUGUGCAAAUACUUCUGCUCCACCAGGAAGGGCAUUGCCCGCCACUACCGUAUCAAGCAUAAUAAUGUCCGAGCACAGCCAGAAGGGAAGAAUAACGUCUUUAAAUGCGCUCUCUGCUCUUACACCAACCCCAUCCGCAAAGGCCUCGCGGCACACUACCAAAAACGCCACGACAUUGAUGCAUACUACACACAUUGCUUGGCAGCUUCCAAGACUGUGACUGAGAAACCAAAUAAAGUGAUGUUGCCCCUGGCGUCAGAAGCCGAUUCUUCGGGGAUGAGCGAGGAGUUACGGCAAGCGGUGGACCGAAGGAAAUGUUCGCUUUGCUCCUUCCAGGCUUUCAGCAGGAAGAGUAUAGUUUCUCAUUACAUAAAGCGCCACCCAGGAGUCUUUCCAAAAAAGCAGGCCGCCAGCAAACUGGGCCGAUACUUCACUAUGAUCUACCCCAAGGACGCGGAAGAAUCUCCUAUAGUGGAGAACGUGGAGAUAGUUGAAGUGAAGGAUGAGGUGGAGCCUGAAGGAGAGGUCGACUGGCUGCCCUUUAAAUGUCUGAAAUGCUUCAAACUCUCGUUUAAUGCGGAGGAGCUGCUGGUGAUGCAUUACAACGACUGUCACGACAAGGAACUGAAGCGGGAUUUCGUCACCGUCCCGAGCCCUGUAGAAGAUGGCACUGAGCUCUACCAAUGCACACACUGUGAAAUCAAGUUCCUGACUCUUCCAGAACUCAGCAUCCAUCUCACGAACCACAACGAGGACUUUCAGAAAAAAGCCAUGCGGAUGGAAAGGAGAAAACAGCUUCAGAGCAAGCAGAAGACGGUCGAGCCGCCGGAAGCCAAACCAGAGAUUAAGGUGGACAGCACACCUGGUAAGACACCUGUUGGCUACAAGUGUAACUUCUGCGUGGAGAUCCAUCCCAGCCUGAGGUCCAUCUGCAACCACCUGAGGAAACACGUGCAGUACCGUGAGGCCAAGGACGCACAUCUGAAGCAGGAGUCUGCAGAGGCGCCGGUCACUCCAGCAGGGGUCAGUAAUGGAGAUCUGCUGUCGGGGCCCGCCGAGGCUCCAGCUGGGGUCAGUGUGUCGGAGCCGGAGCCGCCGGACGGUCUGGAGCCGCUGGAGAAGAGCCGUCUCCCGCCUGGACACCCCUGCGGACUCUGCGACCGCAUGUUCAUGUCCAUGCAGGGCCUGCGCUCGCACGAGAGGAGCCACUCGGCCGUCACGCUGCUCAACCGCAGCGACAAACACAACUGCCAGUACUGCCAGUUCUCCUCGCCGUUCAGACACAAUCUGGAUCGACAUGUUCAGUCUCAUCACGGACAUCAGAAACCCUUCCGCUGCAAGCUCUGUCCCUUUAAAUCCUCAUACAUGAGCCGCUUGAAGAGCCACAUGAACAAAACACACGCGGGUGAGCGCCCGUAUAAGUGUGUGUCGUGUGUGUUCUCCGCGGUGAGCAUCAGUCAGCUGAAGGAGCACUCGCUGCAGGAGCACGGAGAGACGCUGACGCUGCACCGACUCAAAACUGCAGCUCCGAGAAACACACAACCUGCAGACGAGGACGAGGAGGAGGAGGAGGAAGAGGAGGAGAAACCAGAGCGCAGCGAGUCUGCAUAUCUGGAGCCGGCAGAUGUGCAGCAGCAGAUCAGUCAUUUCCAGCUGUCGUCUCGUGUUCAGAGCGAUGUUUCCUCCAGUCCGUCUGACACCGCGCUCCCGCAGGCCCGGCCCGAAUCCAUCCUCACCUGCGAGUUCUGCGAGUUCAGCUCCGGAUACAUGCAGAGUCUGCGCAGACACUACCGAGACCGGCACGGAGGAAAGAAGCUCUUCAAGUGCAAAGACUGCACCUUCUUCACCUGCAACAAGUCCACGUUCACGCUGCACGUUGAAGGUGGUCACAGCAGCAGCAGCACCACCGGCGCCGCUGAGGAGCCGCAGAAAGAGUUACGAUGUCCGUUCUGUCUGUAUCACACCAAACACAAGAGCAGCAUGAUCGACCACAUCGUCCUGCACAGAGAGGAGCGUGUGGUGCCGCUGGAGAUCUCGCGCUCGAAGCUGUCUCGUCAUCUGGAGGGUCUGGUAUUCAGAUGCCAUAAAUGCACCUUCACCUGUUCCAGCGAGCAGAACCUGCAGCAGCACAUCCAGAAGCAUGAGGAGCUGAAGCCGUAUCAGUGUCAGCUCUGCUAUUACGAUAGCAAACUCCUGCACGAGCUGGAGACGCACCUGCAGGACCAGCACAAGGUGAUCCGCAACUAUGAGCUGGUGGGUCGAGUGAACCUGGACCAGCUGGACCUCCUGAAGGACAAGAUGAAGGACAUGAGCAGCAGUGAGGAAGAGGAGCGAGAGGAAACAGAGCCUGUGGAGGAGGAAGCAGAGGAAGAGGAAGAGCUGCCAAUGGAGGAGGAAGAGGAGGAGAAGCUGCCGGAGGACAGACAGGAGGAGACCAGCUGCCAGACUGAGGACGCAGAUGCUGCAGAUGUUGCGUCUCCAGAAUCUCCAGGCAGCGUUGCAGUGAAGCGUUUUCCAUGCGAGUUCUGCGGCCGCACGUUCACACUGAGCACAGAAUGGGAACGACACGUCCUCCGACACGGCAUGACUGUUAACGGCAGCAAGACAGAGGGCAGUCCUGUUCCCUCCUCAGCGCUGCCUCUGAUUGGUCCCCUGGCUGUGAUUGACAGAGAGCUGGACCAAUCCGGCGACACCGACGAUCAAUCCGACCAAUCCAAGUGUCAGAAUCCGAACGAAGAAGAAAAAAAGACGCUGGAGACCAAAAACGACCCAUAGGAGUAAAAGGAACGCUGUAGAGAAACUCAAGAAUGUCGUACGUUUGUGGUUUUCGUCUGUCCGUUUUUCAUCGGUUUGGUUGCAGAACAACAUUUGGCUGCUUCAUGAUUGUUUGGGUGUCUCGGCUCGGAGGUUUGCUAGAUGUUUCAUGUUUGUUCAGUUGCUGAAUCUUACACUGAAUUUUACAAAGUGUGACUUGGUCCCUCAGGACAGAUGUUGAUAUAUUGGUAACCAAUAGUGAAUGAAACUGUGAGUCUGAUGUCGCGCUGGAAUCUCGAGUCCCUCCGCCCAGAGAUUUCCCAUGAUCCUUCAUUCCAAAGCCCCCUUUUUUCCACUUCCCAUGCACUUUUAAGAGUAAAACCCUGAACCGUACCAAUCGAAUGUCUUCCGCGCGCACACACUGAUAGUCUUGAAGACGGUGUGUCGGCGCUUCAGAAGCUUCUUCAGGAGGGACUCGGAUUCUCUCCAGAUGUCGCCUGACAGUUUUACUUUUUUACAUUUUAGCCUUGUGUUAAUCUUCCUGUAGCUGAAUUCCUUGAGGAAUAGUUGUCAUCUUAUUUAUCUAGAUUUAUCAGAGGUUUGAUUCUUUUAGACGUGAUUUUAGAGAGUGUGUGUGUGUGUGUGUGUGUGUGUGUCCCGCUCCCCUAAACAAAACAAAAAAAGAAACUGGUAGCAGGGUGCUACUGGGGAAAGAUCUCUUGCACUUCUGCUUGACUUUAAUAACGGCUGAUGCUCUUCGUCUAUUGGUCCAGAGACGUUCCUGAUGGAUCUAAUUGGUCGAUUAUCCUCCCUGUUCUGCAUCUGAUUGGCUGAUUCAGAUUAAAGGAACUCUUCCCGAAUGUUCAGUUAUAGCUUA